UGGAGCUGGAAGGUACAGCCAUGGCAUGUCUGCAGCUCCAGAUGUCUGAGGUGCCAGCUGGGAUGUGGGAGCAUCAGACCAAAGGUUUCAGAUGACUACAACGAAAGCAAUCAUCAUAAAAACAAGGUGAGGCAAGAACGUGUUUUUGACCAAAAAAGUUUCUAUUUCUUUCCCUUAAGUAACGUGGACAGUCUGCAUCAGCAGCUCUUGCUUUGGAGGCUGUGCUCCAAAUACCCCUCGCUGUAAGAGUUGGGUGAGACAUUUACACUGAAUGAAGUAGUUGUUUUGCAUCUUAUCCUUUCAGAAAUGGAGACACAAAUUGUUAUGGCUAAUAAUAGCACCUGCUAAUUAAUCUGUAACAAUCCUUUGAUGUGUGUGCUAGGACUGUUGAUUAUAGAUUAACCCCUGUGACUUAACCCGCUCCAUAAAGCCACCCAUCACUUUCUAAAACCUGACCCUGUCAACACAUAUUCCUCCAUAUCUCUUUUUGUAUUUUCAGUAAGUGACUUUUCAAACUCCCAAGUGGAGUCCCCCAUUCCAAAUGUAGCUUCAAAGACCAUCCUCACUGUGGUCAACAGUUGUCUCAAUCAGCAGUGGGUUUGCUCACUGAAUGAAAACCAAGGUAAAUAGUAUGUCCCUAGCCUGGAAUUCCUAUAGAAGGAGAGUGAAGGAAAAGAAACUCCACUGGAGUAUCUGCAUCCUUCACAGGUGAGCUACUGAGUCCAGUUUGGGCCUCCAGCACACAAAGAGUUCAGUGGAGGCCAUCAAGGUGAUUGGGGCUGGGGCACGGUGCUGCCUCAGGGGAGAGGCUGGAGGAGCAGGGCUUGUUCAGCCAGGAGAAGGGGAGCAGACUUGCAGGGGCUUUCAGGUCACUGAGGAGAUGGAGCCAGCUCUUUGCAGGGGUGGGAAGAUGAGAACCAAUGGGCAGAAGUUGAAAUUAGAAGUCCAGGCUGGGUAUAAGGAGAAGUUUUAUCCCCACAAGGACAGUCACCCUCUCCUCACAGCUGACCCUGCUUUGGGCAGAAGGUUGAACUAGAUGAAGGGCUGAGGUCCCUUCCAGCCAGGGAACCUGUGCAUAAUGUCACUUGUUACUGAGUUCAUCUCAGUUAUGGGAGCCGUGUUUGAGGAAUGUUUUACAAAUCCCAGCACUAUUCACUAUCUCAGCAACUGCCUCAGGUUCCCCUAGGUGUUCCACAUGAAGAAACAAUUGUUCUAUUCAGUGAUGGAGGAUUAAUCAGAGUAUGUGUGCCCACGUCCCCAAAGCACACUUUGUGUAUGUGACAGGAGCACAGCACACAGGUGAGCCCCAGGUGUGAGCAGCACUGCCUGGAGUGAGCACAGCAAAGACUGCUCAUUCCCUGCUGACUGACAAGCUGGAGUGAAUGCUUCUCCACUUAUACAACCAUUGGAUGAUCAACUAGCAAAUUGGAAAAGGGAAGAAGAUGUAGUGAGAAGAUAUGUUCAGACUGAAGUAUUUAUUUAGAUUUGUGGUAGGAGACAAAAUUUCCUGAAUUAGUUCAAAGAUUCACUCCAUUAAUGGAAGUUGCUGCAGCGUGGCAGAAGAUUGUGUUCUGGGAUGCUGCACCCAUAUGGGGAAAUUGUAUUUCAGUGGGUAAGUAUUGAGCUGGGCUUGCAGCUCGAAAUCCAUGAAAUCUGUCUGAAGAAUGUGCCAUGGAAAAUUGUUUUUGAAUAGGGGAAGGUAGAUAGUUGCUAGAGAAGGAGCUGUAAGCUCACACCCCACAUCCUCUGGCACCACUUCCCUAUGGGGAACAGCAGAAGGGAGGCAGUUUCACUCUCAUGGAAAGUUUUGAAAAUUUGAUGUAAUUCACACAGACACUGAAAGUUGUGCAGACAUAGGCAAGGCUGGCCUAACUGUAAUGCUUAGCAAGGAGUCCUUAAAAACAAUGGAGGUAAUAAAAUGGUGUGUAUAGAUAAAGUAGAGUCAUAAAAUUACCUGAGAAAACCCCUUCAUGGAGGAAACAUGGAAAGUGUGCUUUGGUUUUGUGUAGACUAAGGUACACUGUCCUAAGUGUGACCCCUGAAUGUGCAGGAAACAACUGAGUAUUUAAAGGCAGGUGUAAGGAAAAGAGACUCAGAGUCACCAAUAAAGAGAUGCACUUAAGUUCUACUGAAGUUGUUCUAACAGUGCUGUGUGUUUUGGAGUAAAAACACCAAAGGUUUUAGAUUCAGAACUCAAGUUACUUCUAUACUUCAAUAUUCUGUUCUUCAUUUUGGCCCAAAAAUUUGUUCUAAACCUUUUCCCUAUUCACAUGCCACCUUUUCCUUAUGCUCCACACUGGGACAUCUUCAGUGUAGUGAAAUGAUGUCCAGGAGUGCAGGACACCAGGGUUUAGGCCCAGUCACCUGCUAAUUGCUAUUUUGCUCUUUUUUUGCUGUAGUUUUGUCUUUGCAGCUGCAGCUGUGGCUGAGGAUCUCAGGGGUGGUGAGUCAGGGGUGUCAGCAAUCACUUCUGCCUGGGCCAACGUGCAGCCAGGCACACCAGACUCUGCCUAUUGAUAGUGAGAUGGCUUUGGUCCUCCCUCAUUUCCUCAUCCCUGGGAAUUUUGGACAGGGUGACUGAUGAGGGAAUUCUGUUCUUUCUGCAUGUCUGGGUUCAGCCUCACUGCCAGCGAGCAGACAGGAAGGAACGGAUUUACUGGCACGUCUCUGCACAUUUCCCACUCUCCUUAACUUUCAUUUUCACCCUCAGAAGGUCUGACUGGGAAAUUUUCCACCCUGCCCUGCCAUCAUUUGACAUUCAAUCUUCCACUGGAGAGUAGGACAUGGCAAACAAAACGUUACACUUUCCACACUCAGCUGCUGCUUUAACAUACCUUAAAUCUGCAGAAACUAAAAAAGAGUCCAGACAGGGCUGGGACCCUACUUUUAUUUGCAGAUUUUCAAGAGCCUUCUUUUAUGUUGCUUUUGAUUCACUUGUUAUCCCCACUUUGUCACGAACAUUUUGAAAUAAUAAAGAAGCCCAUGAAGAAGGGGGCUACAGUUAAUGGUGAAUAUUUUAAAGUCCUUAAAGGAAUAGUCAGCAGUCAGAACACAAACCAAAAGAAAACCCAGAGUUGUCAUCUUGCAAAGUUUGGGGGAAGAUUCAAACCAACCAAAUUUUCUUUGGGAAAUGAAAAACCAAAGCAGUGUAAAAGAAGGUGACUGAGGGGAGUCAGUGGGGGGAGAUGGUUGGGAACAGCAAUAGUUACUGUUGUUAUUAAUUGCAUCUUUGCCAGAAACCACUGGACCUGAGGGAAGUCCUAACAAAUCUGAGAUGCCCAGUGUUCAGAGGGGCUGCAGUACUGUAUUUAUUGUGCUGUCACAUGCACAUCUCAGACAAUAGUUACAUCAGGUAGGAAAAGGGAGUUAGAAAGAGCUCACUAAUAACCUAUGAAAAGUUGGGAGAGCUGAACAUUUCUUUGGGUUCCAUGGAGUUGGGAGGAUCAGCCCUCAUUGUCAUGAACUUUGCCUCAGUGUAGUUGUUCUUUGGAGACUCAAAAUGCCCUGAUCUCAGAGGAGGACCCUGACAAACAAAGUUUGAUUUGCAAGUGUUUUCAGGAAUAUGACUUCUUGAGCUCAUGCAGAAUCUUGCAGAUAUUAUGUAAAUUGUAAUAUCAGACAAAAUAUGAUUCACUUAGAAGGAAAUUGCAGUGGGCUGAUUGUUGAGGCUGCAGACCAUCAGACACUCAGAAAGAAAACAAGAUUUAACUCAAGAUGACAGCAUUGAAUAGGUCAAAGUCUGCCCUGAAAGGGCACCUCUUUCAUCAAAUUUAAUGCCAGAUAAGGAAACAGUUUUUGCACUCUGUUGUGGCAGAGGAAGAAGUGUCUGUUCAAAAGUAGGAAAUAUGGGCAGAAUUGGUUUUCUGAAGGAAAAACCUUCCAAGCACUGUAGAAUAUCUGUAAAAGGAGCGCCCAGUGAGCUUGUUUAGUUAAUCUCUGAGGAAUGAAUGGUUCUCUCUUGUUCUUACUGUACAGAGGGAGUUUUAUUAUUGAUUUCAAGUGAAUAAAAGAUCAGGUCCUGUUUGAGCAACUGGAGUGAUUGAGCAGUUCCCUGAAUGGCUGUACCUCAGCCAAUCCUUUAACAAUUCUCCUAAGGAAAGAUGUUUCUCCUCCUGUGGUUAUCCCAAAUCUGAUUUUCCAUAUCCAAUCCCUACAUGACCUUUCCUAGAUUUCAGCAGUCCCAAGCACAGGGAGAUAAGGAGGGUGAAUACUGAAGGCUUAGAACCCACUGAAUUCAAAUAAACUUCUACUAAAGUACAUUGUUCCUUCCAGUACUAGACAUUAAGAUUCCCUAUGGUCUAUAGAAGAAAGAAGUUAAUAAGAAAGUGAAGGAUGCAAAGAGAAUUUUUUAAAGCCCUGUUACAAAGAAGAAUGUAAAGGCAGAAUUUUCUGGAAUGGCAUUGAGUGGCACAGCUCUCACACAUUGUUUCUGCCAUUGUUUCUAAUUAUAGCUGAUGACUGAAGUAUUUUAACUGAAGAGAUUCACCUGCUAAUUCUGGUGAGAGGAAAGAAAAACCCAACUGUGAAGAUUCAUGAGCAGUGGAUGCUAAGCAGCACAGGCUUGAUGAAGCCAAGCAGAUGAAUGCUCAGAAAACUCAGCUCUGUUUAUCAAGAGAUUCCUCUCUAGCAGUCCUGGAUGGGAUGCAUACAGGGGAUCUCGUGCAUGAACACGUGUUUUGCCUCUAGAAGUGCUUUACACAAUCAUCUACAGUUCAUUUUCAAAUAGAGAAGCUAGACACAGAGAGAAGAAAACACCUUGCCCCAGCUUGCCCAGUAAAAGACUGACAGACAGAUGAGAAAAGAACACACAUUUCCUCAUUUCUCUGGCUGCCUUAUGCCUCAUUUCUGUAGAUCUUUGGUCAGCAACUGUAAAUCUUUCCCUAGUUAUCGAUAUACCUCAUUUGACUCAUAUUAGUCAGCAGAUUUAUUAUUCAUCUUUAAUUUGUAAACAGCUUCUUUGAAAUAGCCAUACAUAAUAUCAAGAAAGAGAUAAGGCACUCUCUGGUACCACACUCAUGGCUGCAGCUGCGUGCCAGCCCUGUCCCAAGGGGGUUCUGCCUUCCAGACUGCAGGGAGAAGCCUAAUUUUGUGAAAGGUCUGUGUCCACAUGUUGCCUGACGUGGAAAAUCAGCUCAACAGUCCCAUCUUCUUCAUCCAGCUGUCCCCCUGGUAUUCCCAAAUACAGCAUGCUGGGAAUGCUUUGUACUUCAGAAAGUUGCAGUUUCCUUGCAGUAUUCCCAGUACUUUGGAAAAGUACCAAGGGACAGAUCUCACAGGCAGCAACAGGCAAACAGCAGCUCUGGAGAGCAAGAAUUACUCUAUUGAGAAAGAUCUUUUAAAACUUGAUCAAAAGCAAAGAAAUAUAUGUAUGUGAAACUUAAAAUUCCUGUCCUUAGUUACAAGCACGUGGUUAAAUGCUUUCCUGGCCUGUACUGUAAAGCUCUACAGCUCUGUAACAUUUCUCUUGAAGUCGCUCACUCGUUUCCUACAGCCACAGGUGGUGUACAGGAGGGUACCUGGGGACUGUCCACGCAGGGAUAAAAGCUGUAAGAAGCCCUUCAGCAUUUGUUUCUUUUAAUUUUCACCCAGUGUGCAAGGCUGCAAACAGUGUUCAGUGGGAUACCCUGCCCUUUCCAGGGGCACGAGCAGGAUCAAGGCUGCAGCACACCGAGGCAAGGAAGGGAUGCUGACAGCACAGGAGCUGCUUCCCUCCCUCACACAUCAUGUAACACUGCUCAUCCAGCAGUCACACACCCUUCACUUCUCCAAGCAACUCAGAAUCUGGGAAACCCCUAAUUUCAAUAUCCAUGUCCAGCCUUGCUGUCCUGCACUAUAAAAUGCUCUUGCCUUGCAGGAGGGAUACAGAGCCUGAGAGGUGGAAGGCAAGAAACUCUGACAGGGAGGAGCCUCUCCUGGCAGGGCUGGGACACCUCUCACAACAGCAGGGUAACGCUGGCAGUGCUCUCCACAGAGCCCCGUGUGCAGGACACAAAGCACCCGCCUGCUCGGAGUGCCACUGAAGGCAAAUAAGUGUUCCACAUCACACAAAACAAGGUUUCAGCACAGUGAAGCAAAACCACAAGAAGAGCAUACACAAUGCUGUGCCCCUGGCAGUUUGUGUUCAAACCUCACGGCGCCAGGAGCCGCUACCCCAAAGAGAAGGACAUCAACAACAACGUGGAGAAAAAUAGGAAGAUCCAUGGCUCAGAAAAGGAUGAUGCCAAAUUGCAGAGUCCAAGCAAGAAGCAGAUGGAGAGGCCACCUACCAUAACUUCAGCAAAGCCCAGGGAGGGAGGAGAGAAUCUUCCUUCAAAUGACAUCAAAGUUCCAAACCAAAUAUCAGGAUGUCCAAGACAUGUAAGAAUAAAAAACUUAGAAAAUGGAUCCAGUUUUCUUGACACACUACACCUGACUGCAAGAGAGGUUGUCAAUUGCCGGACCAAAGCCUGCCAAGGGUCACUCAUGGCCCCAAAGAGCCUGGUGAGAGGUACCAGAGAUGGGCCAGUUCCACAAGAAGAUCUUUUACCUCAGGCAAUAGACUUCCUCAAGCAGUACUACAGUUCAUUUAAAGAGCCAAAAGUCAAAGAGCAUCUGGGCCGGCUGGAAGCAGUGGCCAAGGAGAUAGAAAGCACAGGAACCUACCAGCUGACCAGGGAUGAGCUGACCUUCGCUGCCAAGCAGGCCUGGAGGAACGCGCCCCGCUGCAUCGGGAGGAUCCAGUGGUCCAACCUGCAGGUGUUUGAUGCACGGGACUGUAAAACAGCCAAGGAAAUGUUUGAGCGUAUCUGUUGUCAUAUUCAGUAUGCCACAAACAAUGGUAACAUAAGGUCGGCCAUCACCGUGUUCCCGCAGAGGACGGACGGGCAGCACGAUUUCCGUGUGUGGAACACCCAGCUCAUCCGCUACGCUGGCUACCAGAUGCCAGACGGCUCCGUCCUUGGGGACCCUGCCACUGUGGAGUUCACACAGUUGUGCAUCGAGCUUGGGUGGAAGCCGAAAUAUGGACGCUUUGAUGUACUUCCACUUGUUCUCCAAGCAAAUGGCCAAGACCCAGAAAUAUUUGAAUUACCUCCAGAAAUUGUCCUCCAAGUGCCAAUGGAGCAUCCAAAGUACGAGUGGUUUAAGGAGCUGGACCUGCAGUGGUAUGCCCUGCCUGCCGUGGCCAGCAUGCUGCUGGAGGUGGGAGGGCUGGAGUUCACUGCCUGUCCUUUCAAUGGCUGGUACAUGGGCACCGAGAUCGGCGUGCGCGACUUCUGUGACACCCAGCGCUACAACAUCCUGAAGGAGGUAGGGAGGAGAAUGGGACUGGAAACAAACAAGCUGUCAUCCCUGUGGAAGGACCGAGCUGUUGUAGAGAUCAACGUGGCUGUGCUUCACAGCUUCCAGAAACAGAAUGUGACCAUCAUGGAUCACCACUCUGCCUCCGAGUCCUUCCUGAAGUACAUGCAGGGCGAGUACCGCGCGCGCGGCGGCUGCCCCGCAGACUGGGUCUGGAUCGUGCCUCCCAUGUCAGGCAGCAUAACCCCUGUGUUCCACCAGGAGAUGCUGAACUAUGUCCUCACUCCCUUCUAUUACUACCAGGUGGAUCCAUGGAAAACACAUGUGUGGCGUGAUGAGACCCGGAGGCCAAGAAAAAAAGAAAUAAAGUUUAGCAUCUUGGCAAAGGCUGUGCUCUUUGCAUCCUCACUCAUGCGAGGAGCAGUGGCCACCAGGACCAAGGUCACCGUGAUCUACGCCACCGAGACGGGCAAGUCAGAGACGCUGGCCCACAAGCUGUGCAGCCUCUUCAGCUGUGCCUUCAGCACUAAGAUUCUAUGCAUGGAUGAGUACAAUAUUUGUGACCUGGAAAAAGAAACACUUCUUUUAGUGGUUACUAGCACUUUUGGAAAUGGAGAUUCUCCGGGUAACGGAAAGACCUUCAAGGACUCCUUGCUCAGACUGAAACUGCUGAGAAAUAAAAUUAGAUACGCUGUGUUUGGCCUGGGCUCCAGCAUGUACCCAGAGUUCUGUGCCUUUGCUCAUGCCAUCGACCAGAAAUUGGCCCAGCUCGGGGCUUCCCAGCUCGCCCCAGUGGGUGAGGGGGAUGAACUCAACGGGCAGGAAGGAGCUUUCCACAGCUGGGCAGUCAGUGCUUUCCAGACUGCCUGUGACAUUUUUAACGUCCGUGGGAGACACAGUAUUCAGUUACCUGAGAUCUACACCUCUGAGGAAAGCUGGGACCCUGCCAGUUACAGGCUGGUGUAUGACUCCCAGCCCAUGGACCUGGCUAAAGCUCUUGCAAGCAUUCAUGCCAAGGAUGUAAUUCCCAUGAAGCUGAAAUUCAGGCAGAAUCUUCAAAGUUUGAAGUCCAGUCGUGUAACCAUUCUGGUUAAACUCCAGUGUGAGACUAAUCAGGAAGUGCACUACCUUCCUGGGGAGCACGUCGGGGUUUUCCCAGGCAACCAGGCAAAGUUAGUGCAUGGCAUUAUUGCACGUGUCAAGGAUGCCCCUCCAGCUGAUCAGACUGUCAGGCUUGAAACCUGCACUGAUGGUGGAUACUGGACAAGUCACAAAAAGAUUCCAGCCUGCACACUACCCGAGGCUUUGACAUACUUGCUUGAUAUCACUACUCCACCCUCCCAACAGCUGCUGAAAAAACUCUCCCAGCUGGUGACAGCAGAGGGAGACAAGCAGAGGCUGGAGGUGUUGUGUCAGAGCACAGAAGAAUACAACAAAUGGAAGUUUUACAACAGCCCCAACAUCCUGGAGGUGCUGGAGGAGUUUCCCUCUGCUGAGGUCUCCACAGCUUUCCUGCUGACCCAGCUGCCGUUUCUGAAGCCCAGGUACUAUUCUGUCAGCUCCUCCUGUGACAUGACAGCCAGAGAGAUUCACCUGACAGUUGCAGUUGUAAACUACAGGACAAGAGAUGGAGAAGGGCCUUUGCACCAUGGAGUCUGCAGCACGUGGCUGAACACAAUAGAGCUCAAUGAAACCGUUCCCUGCUUCAUCCGCAGUACUAAUGAGUUCCACCUCCCCGAGGAGCCAGCCACGCCCUGCAUUCUGAUCGGCGCGGGCACGGGCAUCGCUCCCUUCAGGAGCUUCUGGCUGCAGCGCCUGUACGAGCUGGAGCACAGAGGGCUCCGAGCAGGGGACAUGACCUUGGUGUUCGGCUGCCGGCAGCCAGAGCUGGAUCACAUCUACAGAGAGGAAACUGAGGACAUGAAGAGGAAGGGAGUCCUGAGAGACAUCUACACAGCUUACUCCAGACUGCCUGGCCAAGAGAAAGUCUAUGUCCAGGACAUCCUGCAGAGGCAGCUGGAGGCCCGUGUGUGCGAGGUGGUGCACGGGCAGCAGGGCCACGUGUUCGUGUGCGGGGACGUGCGCAUGGCGCGGGACGUGGCGCAGGCACUGCGGGCGCUGCUGGCACGGGCCCUGCACCUCAGCCAGCAGCAGGCAGAGGAGUACUUCCAGCAGCUCAAGAGCCAAAAGCGAUACCAUGAGGAUAUAUUUGGGGCAGCGUUCCCACCCGAAGUCAAAAGAUCUUUGCAACCCACCAGCUGAAGAACAAAUCCGCUUGUGUUUUAGUCAAUACUCGCACCUUUGUUGUUAUUUUCAAAAAACAAGGAGUCAAAUCCUCCUUCUUAUACUUGUUUAAUCGUACAUGUGUAUAGGAUUGCAGGAUUUGACUCAUAAACCUCAGCCUUAAUUAAGUAAAAUAUUAAAUAUAAGUUUUGUUGCUAUUUAUUCUGACAUGCUUUUAAUACCUUAUCUUAAUAGUGAAAGUGCAAAUUAUUUUUAAUACUGUCUAUGCUAGUAUAAAUCUGGUGGGUUUUGUACAUACAAGGAAAAUGUUUUGCACUAAGUUAACUAGAGCUGAAAUCUUUUAUUUGAUGCACUGUUUAUCCUUGUGACCUUAUUUAUAUCAGAUUGGUUUACUUGCAUAUUAUCCUCACUUGAAGGCAAGUGAAUGGAUGGUUGUGUUUCUGGGAGUUGUCUGGCCAUGUGCCUGGAUCUGGAGCAGUGUUUGCAAAUGAGAUAACAAUGUGCUGGUCCCCGAGUGGCAGCACCUGCUGCAUCCACCUCAGAUGUGCUCAGCAGGCAGCAGUGAAUUCUGCUUUGUGGGACUCGGGUACAUGAACCUCAGCUCUUGUUACAGAGCCUGUAGCUGGAAGAUUCCAAAAAUUCCAAAGCACUUUCUACAUUUGGUUUCUGUGCUCUGGUUCACUUGAUUUGUUUGUAAUAAAAUCUGCCUUUAUACUGGGACAAAGUGUGUGGGUCAGUGAACCUCUUCUCGCUCCUGGCUCCAGCCUGCAGAGGCAGAGGUUGUGCUGAGGGGGGUUUGGGCUCCAGCCAACGCUCCUCCUGAGCUAAGGGCAUCUCCAGGAGCUGCAGUCUGUCUGGGAUCAGUUUUGUAUUUUUGGUACUGCCAGGCAAGUGUGAGUUAGUGCCAGGGAGU